AUGGCGGCAAUCGAUCCCCCCAGAGCGGUUGACUUGGUCCGCACGGCGUCGCAGAGCUCGACCAUAUCCAACCCACGCAACCGCAGCAUACAGCGCAUGCGGCCCUCGAAGCGCAGCUCCAACACGUCGCUCAGCCGCAGCCGCAGCAGAGCGCCCUCGCCCGAAGUCGACACCAAGAGCCUCACGUCCUUCCCCUCACUGUCGCCUAGCCCGGAGACGUCACCGGCACAGUCGCGCGUCAACGGCUGGUUCCGCUCCACGCCAGCGCCCGAGGACAGCCUUAAGAAUGCUGAGAGCAGGACGGUUGCAUCGCCCGACACGGUCAAGGCGAUUCCCCCGCCGGACCUCAAGGGCACGACGCCUGCCUCUACCGUCAGGAAGGUCACCAAGUCAACACAGCAGAUAGUGGGCAGUCUGGUAGCCGCCUCGUCUGCCAAAGACCGGACGGCUCUCUUCGACGACACCCCCACCGAGUCGGCCAAGGUCCCCGGAAACCUCCACUUUGCCAGCGACGACAACAUACAGGAUGCGCUGCGACAAACGGGCGCUGUGGCGCUAGUCAAGCAACUCGCUGGCGACCUGGCCCAGCGCGAUGCGCAAAUCACGGCUCUGCGGAGACGAGCCGAGGAGCGCGAGCGCAUGCUGAGGAAGAUGCUGCAGGAGUGCGAAGUCUCCAACAUGGACAUUGAGAACCGGCUGCGCGAGCUGGAGAAGAGCAAGGAGCCAGGCAAUAGCCUCACCAAGACGAGGACGAGGGGCGACAGCACAGCCACUGGAUUGCACCCCGACGACCCCAUGGAGGACAGGCUCGCCAGGGCUAUGGAAGACGAAUUGGCUGAGCAUCCCGAUGCUCUGGGCAUGGACACGGGCACCUCAGCGCCUCAGGCAGAAGUCAUGUCCAUCAACUCAGUCGCGUCGGACGCGCCACGCGACACAUCCAAACCGAACUGGAAGACCUACAUUUGGGCUGGGACGAGCAAGAAGAGCAGCCGAGCACCGUCCGUAGCGAGCAUGGUGGACAGAGAAGCCGAGACUCUGGGGCAUACCCGGUCGCGCGCAUCUAGUGGAGCAAAGCCACCCCGCAAGGCCCUCGCGAGCGAUCUCUUCGUCCCUCCAGCCGGUGCUGUACCUGCAUUGCGCCGACUCAACAGCUCAGACCAUGCUACAGACUCGGCGCGUAGAUCUUCGUCGACAUCGCUAGCAAGCUGGGCGUUGAAAAUGGUAGCAGGAAACAAUGCUGCAAACCCCAAGGCCAAUACAGUACGAGGCCGCAAAUCCACAGCUUCGAGUGUUGUCGACCGUGCGCCUUCCAUGGACUCCACCAAGACCGCACAAUCCGCAAAGUCAUCGCUAGCCAGCACCCAAAGACGAGGUCGCGCCUUAGGCCCCAAUGGAACAAUCAAAAGCACCGCGCUAGAACAGCCCAAGAACGUGUCGAAUGGGCUCGGUCCGACUCCGCCUGUCCGUGGAAUGAGCAAUCUUGGGCCCGUGGAAAUGGACCGAAUCCUGCCUGAGGACUCACGGCCACCAACGCUAGUACAGCAACACAAUAGGUUCAUCGGCAGCAGCGAGUACUUGACUGAUAGAUUCGGCUUCAUCUAUGACCAGCGUCGCAAGAAGAGACAGAGUGAGGCAGCGGCUGAGUUGAUCAAGCAGAAGCGAAGCAGCAAUGUGGAGUCACUCGGCGACGGCAGGACUGCACUCAACAACCUGGCUCUCGAUGAGGACCAUGAACAUGCAGGCUCUGUUCCCGCGGAUCAGAAUGAUGGCACCACACGCCCGUCCAGCUCCGACUCUGAUAAUCACCAGAACCAGCCAGCCAGCAAGACGUGGGUUGAUUACCUGAAGCUAGCCACGCAUCCAACUGAACUCCUCUCACACACUCCAUCUGCGGCACCCAUCACCACCGUAGAGUCCGCAGAAGGCGAAGUCUCCAACUUCAAAAUUGGGAACAACCAAAUUACAUUGAUGAAGCGAGGGUCUGCACCAACGGCGAGCGUCAACCCAGAGCCAUCACCAUCGCGUAUCGUCUCAGGUAAUGCAGAACUUUCCGCUACAACCACUUCACCGGGCCCAUCUACUCCAAUCAGCCAGUAUCCCCCGCAGAUCGACCCAGUGCAAUCCCUACUAGAGCAGAUGAGUGAGCUGCACGACAAUCUCCAAAGAGAGAGGACUGUGAAGUGGAAUGACUUUCUGCGUAAAGUGCGUGCUCAAAACAAGCGUGAAGGGGAUGUUGCCAGCACCGGCGAGAAUGGCAAAAGCAACGCAAUGCCCGAGCAGUUCCUCGCCGAUGGUGAACUAGUAGGCAUCGCGGGCUUGGGUAACAAAGGCAAGAUUGGACGCGCCAAGUGGCAGGAGUUCCGCCGUCUUGUUCUCGGUGGUAUCCCAGUCAACAUGAGAGCCGCGAUCUGGGCUGAAGGAAGCGGCGCGCUGCAUCUGCGCAUGCCAGGCUACUACGAAGACUUGGUGAACAACGGCGAAGACGACCCCACCAUUGCAACCCAGAUCCAAAUGGACAUCACCCGCACACUUACCGACAACAUCUUCUUCCGCACAGGACCUGGCGUACAGAAGCUACAGGAAGUACUCCUCGCCUACUCCCGCCGCAACCCCGAGGUUGGCUACUGUCAAGGCAUGAACCUGAUCACCGCCUGCCUCCUACUCAUCAUGCCAACCCCCGAAGACGCAUUCUGGGUCUUAACCGCCAUGAUCGAAGAAAUCCUCCCACAACACUACUACGACCAACACCUCCUCACCUCCCGCGCCGACCAAUCCGUCCUGCGCUCCUACGUCAGCGAAAUCCUCCCACGCCUCUCCGCGCAUCUCGACGAACUAGAAAUCGAGCUCGAGGCGCUAACCUUCCAAUGGUUCCUCUCCGUCUUCACCGACUGCCUCUCCGCCGAAGCUUUAUUCCGCGUCUGGGACGUCGUCCUAUGUAUGCACGACGGCUCUACGUUCCUCUUUCAAAUCGCACUUGCGCUGUUGAAACUGAACGAGAAAGCGCUGUUGCAGUGCGAUACCCCAGCGGGCGUGUACCACUACAUCAACCACCAAAUGACCAACCACGCCAUCAGCAUCGACGGCCUAAUCCAAGCCUCCGACGCCCUCGGCAAAGUCAUCAAACGCAAAGACGUCGAAGAUCGCCGCGCAAAAGCCGUAGCGCACGAAGAGGAACUCAUGCGCCAGCGUGAGGAAGCGAGACAGGAGCGCGCGCGGAAGAGGGCUAGUAAGCUUUCGGAUGUAUCUGCGCCGUCGCUGCCUACGCAACCGGAAGAGGAUGCGAAGAGUCUGUCCGCUAGUCUCGACGCGGAGUUGUCGUCAAGGACGAGUCCUAUGGCUACGCCGUUGAGUAGCGCGACGGCACGGAGUGAGGAGGAGGAGGAUGCCGAGUAUGUGAAUAGUAGUUUGGAAUUGACGAAUCGCACGCCGAUGCCUAUGGAUGAGGAGUUUAUGUGGCGGGGCUGA